AUGGUGUUUUACUACAAAGUAAGACACAGAUAUGAUAAAAGUAGUGAUGAGGAGUUAUCAUUGGAAGUUGGAGAUAUCAUCAAAGUUGCUGGUCUACCCUGGAAAUUUAAAGGGCUACCAAGUAAUCCAAAGGGAUGGUUGUCUGGCGAAAAUCAGCGUACAAAAGAGAGUGGCACAUUUCCGAGCAAUUAUGUUGACUAUAUGGGAGAAUCUGUAUCACCCCGACCUCCAACUCCCCCACUACCACCAAAGCAGGAGGGAAGACUAUUAAUGCAACAGUAUUCGUUUUACAGAUUCUCUCAUCUUUUCUUUUCUAGACAACAAUCUGCAGAAGAUGGAAGUGUAACUUUAGUAUCAGUGUUAAAACAAUUAGAAGAAAAGAUAAAUUACCAUGAACCUGACAUAAGCAGUAAAUUCAACAUAAACAGAGCUGAUGUCUGGGAUGGUGCGAUAAGAGGAUUUCAAAGAAAAUCUUACUGUCCAAUGAAGCGCAUGUAUAUCCGCUUUACAAAUGACGCUGGUAAAGAUGAAGGAGCUGUAGACACAGGUGGACCAAAACGCGAGUUUUUACGAUUAAUUAUCCACCAUCUGCAACACUCCUGUAUAUUUGAUGGGCCUGAACACUCUAAAGUGUUAUCAAUGCAUUCAUUUGAAACCUUGUACAAUAGCCUCGUUCAUGGGCUAAGCAAAGUGAAACCAAGUAUAUCUGAUAUUGGUGAUUAUGAAAUAAGAGAUCAACUAUUGUCAAUUAUGGAAACUGAUACAGAAGAAAAACUAUGUGCCGAAUUAGAAAAAGCAAGUUCAUUGAUAACUGUUUCAGGUGCUGGGCAUAUUAUCCCUAAUCUUAAAUCCAAGGACAAACUGAUUGACAUCAUUGUACAGUUCUAUGUACUUGUUAGGACUAGGUCAGCAUAUGAAAGAUUUAAAGAUGGACUGAAAACCCUAAAUGUAUUAGACAGUAUGGUACGGAAUCCCAGACUUUUCAAGGAUGUUUUCAUUUCUAAGGAAACAGUAUUAACUUCAAAGUUAAUUGAAGAUUUGUUUGUGGUGUCAGUGCUGAGCCCUGAGGGUUCUAACCGGAGAACUGAAGAACAGAAAAUCAUAAGCUUUUGGAGAGAUUUUCUAUUAGAUAUUGAAGAAUGUGAAUCUCCAGUGUCAUUGAAAGACAUCAUUGUUUUUGCAACAGGCCUAGAUGAUAUACCUCCUUUGGGAUUUAGUCCUUCUCCAACUUUGGAGUUUAAUGAAGGGAAAGAAGAUACAAAUAUGGUUUUGCCAAUGGCUAAUACUUGUUCUAACAUACUUAGAAUUCCCCUUGUGAAGUCGUACAAGAUAUUCAAAGAUUCAAUGAAAUUUGGGCUUCAAAAUAGUGCUGGUUUUGGGAGAGUUUAA